AUGAAAAAAACUACAUCACCAGACGAAGAAAAACUUCCUGCAGAUUUUGAACCCUCAAAUUUAACAAAUGGGGGAAACAACUUGGAACACUUGAAGAUUCCUCUCCAUGAUAUAAAAUUAGCAACUGGUAACUUUUCACCAUCAUAUAGAGUAAGAGUAAGGGAUGACGCACCUUGUACUUUGUACAAAGCAGAACUCAACCAUUUUGAUAAAGAAAAUCCUUCCACAAAACGGAAGAAUAAAGCCAAAAGACAAAAGAAACACAUCAAUGCAAUUAUAAAACGCAUCCAUCAAGGAAGAGAAGAAGAGUUUUUUAAAGAACUUGAAGUGCUUACCAGUGUUAAGCAUUGCAACAUAGUAACUCUACUUGGAUUUUGUGUAGAAGGGUUUGAGAUGAUCCUUGUCAUUGAGAACCUUUCUAAUGGACCCCUUUUUUCUCAUUUGGGAAGAGUCAACAACAUGGGUACUUUUACUUGGGCAAAACGUUUGAAAAUAUGCAUUGAAGUUGCACAGGCGCUGGAUUACCUUCACACGGAGACGGAAGACAAAAGGACAAUAGUAAGCCGUGAUAUACACAGCUCGAACAUUUGGUUGGAUGAAAACUGGCGGGCGAAGAUUGUUGACUUUUGGGGCUCAGAAUUCCUGCCUUCGAAUCAAGAUGAAGCCCUCAUUCCCCUUGGGAUUGCUGGCAUACCAUUCCAUGCAGAUCCUGAAUAUAUGUUCACCGAUAAGUUAAGAAGAGAAGUAGAUGUUUAUAGCUUUGGAGUUGUUUUGCUUGAAAUUCUUUGUGGGAAGGCAGCCAAUGAUCAGAUUUACCUUAAGGAGAGUAACAAAGGGCUAUCGUUUGUGGCAAGGCGAGCCUACUGCACAGGAACACUACAGAAGAUGAUAGAUCCUAUGAUAAAUGAUGAAACCAGUGAAAAUAGUUUUAAUCUAAAUAAAGGACCUAACAAGGAUUCUUUGCACACAUUUAUAGAAAUUGCAUAUAAGUGUGUGGCAAAAACUCAAGACCACCGUCCAACAAUGAAAGUCAUCGUCAACGAACUACAGAAAGCAUUAUGUUUUCAAGGAAUGAAGUUGGAACACUUGAAGAUUCCUCUAGGUGAUAUUAAAUUAGCAACAAAUAAUUUUUCAGACAGAUACAUAAUUGCAGUUCGGGAUAACUAUACUUUGUAUAGAGCAGAACUUGAGCAUUUUGAUAAAGAAAAUUCUGACACGAUGAACAAAGGCGGACAUUCCAAGAGAUACGACACUGUAGUUAUAAAACGCAUCCAUUCUGAACAUGACAUGUGCAGAGAAGAGUUUUUAACAGAAAUUAAAAUGCUAAUUAUUGUUAAGAAUCGCAACAUACUCACUCUACUUGGAUUUUGUGAUGAAUGUUCAGAGAUGAUCCUUGUUACUGAUAAUGUUUCUAAUGGAUAUCUUGGUAAAUAUUUGGAAAACAUGGACGCCAUGCGUAUUUUGACUUGGGAAAAGCGUUUGAAAAUAUGCAUUGAUGUUGCACACGUAUUGAAUUACCUUCAUUAUGAAAUGGAAGAGCAAAAAGUGAUAAUACACUGUGAUAUAAGCAGCCACAAAAUUGGGUUGGAUGAGAACUGGAGAGCAAAGAUUGCUGACUUUGGGGUCUCCGUACUCCUUCCUCCAAAUCAAAAAGACGAAGCUCUGUAUCACAGCGUGACUAAUGGCUCAAUGCGCCAUGCAGAUCCAGUAUAUAAGAUGACUGGUAGGUUAAAAAGAGAGUCAGAUGUUUAUAGUUUUGGAACGCUUUUGCUUGAACUUCUAUGUGGGAAAAAAGCAUGUGUCCCGGUUUACUGUAAUUACUGUAAGGAGAGUCGCAAUAAUCUUGUUCAUGUGGCAACAAAAUGCUUCUUCAUGGGAACAUUAGAGGAGAUGAUAGAUCCUAUAUUAAAGGAAGAAACUCAUGAAAACAAUUUUAUUCUAAAUAGAGGACCCAACAAGGAUUCGUUGCAUACAUUUAUUACAAUUGCAAAUCAGUGUGUUGCAGAAACUCAAGAGCAAAGACCAACAAUGAAAGUGGUUGUGAAGGAACUUCAGAAAGCUUUACUUUUUCAAGAAAACAACAAGGACAAUCCCUUAAUUUCACUUGAAGACAUUAAACUUGCCACACAAAACUUCCAUGUUGACAAUUGCAUUGGCAGAGGAGGGUUUGGGAAAGUCUAUAAAGGAAAUCUCCAAGAUGGUGAUGGAGUUAGGACCAUUGUUGCAAAGAGAUUGGAUACGAGGUUUGGUCAAGGGGAACAAGAAUUCCUGACAGAGCUCCAAAUUCUUUUAGAGUAUAAGCAUGAGAAUAUCAUUGGUCUUGUAGGUUAUUGUGAUGAAAAAGACGAAAAAGUCAUUGUUUACGAGUAUGCACCCAAAGGAAGUCUUGAUAAGUUAUUGAACAAUACUUCUCUUACAUGGAUGAAACGGCUAAACAUAUGCAUUGAGGUUGCAAGUGCGUUGGAUUUCCUUCAUGCGGGACUUGGAAAACAAGCAAAGGUUGUGCACAGGGACAUCAAAACUGCUAACAUUCUAUUAAAUAAUGAUUGGAAAGCAAAACUUGCCGAUUUUGGACUUUCCGUAAUAAGUCCAAUAAACCAGGAAUCGGAUUACAUCAUUAAUAGUGCGUGCGGCACACCAGGGUACUUGGACCCACUUUACAAAAAAUCCGGAUUCCUAACCAUAGAAUCUGAUAUCUAUUCAUUUGGUGUUGUUUUAUUUGAGAUCUUCUGUGGGAGAUCGACGUUUGAAAUUUGGAAACACGAGGGUCACUAUUUAGCGAGAUUCAUUAAGAACCGAUUCGAUGAAGGAAAGAAAGAUGAGGUGGUGUUCAAGCAAAUAAGGGAACAGAUCAUGCCGAAAUCAUUAACAACAUUUCAAGAGAUUGCCUAUCAAUGCUUACAUUACGAAAGAGAAAAACGACCAACAACAAAAAAAGUCUUAGCACAACUUACCAAAGCAUGGGUAUUUCAAAACCUAGCACCAACAAUCACCUUACAAAUCCCACUUGAAGACAUUGUUAAGGCCACCGACAACUUUCAUGAUGAUAACAUCAUCAGACACGGUGGACAUGGACCUACAUACAAGGGACGACUCUUGCGCUCCGGGAACUUGAUCAAUAUUGCUGCCCAGAGGAUAGAUCAUAAGAAUGGAGAGGGAGAUGUCAAGUUCUGGACAGAAAUAUGGAGGCUCUUGGAUCUCAAGCAUACAAAUAUAGUUUCUAUUAUUGGAUUUUGUGAUGCGAAAGAUGAGAAGAUCAUCACAACCACGUUUCCAGAAUACGGAAGUCUCAGGUUACAUCUGAACAACCCGAAGCUCACAUGGAUGCAAAGAUUGAGGAUAUGCGUAGGUGUGGCUCGUGCUUUGAGUUACCUCCAUUAUGAUGAGGGACGUGGUUAUACUGUUAUACAUGGUGCCAUCACUAGCAACACAAUUUUAUUAGAUAAGAGCUUGGAAGCUAAGUUAAGUUGCUUUCACAAUUCCAUUAAACAGUGUUAUGAGGACCAGGUCCACCAUUGUGAACCAAUAAGCAUACCAGGGUAUACGGAUCCAGCAAUCAAAGAGAUUGGAGGUGUAACCCGCAAGUCUGACAUCUACUCAUUUGGUGUCGUUUUAUUUGAGAUAUUGUGCGGGAGGGAAGCUUGUACUGAGAACGAGGCGAAUAGGUUUCUCGCUCCUUUGGCAAAAUGUCAUUAUGAAAACAAAACGUUGAAGGAUAUAAUCUUUCCUUAUCUAUGGAUACAAAUGUCCCCCCAAUCCCUCCUAACAUAUUCGGAAGCCGCGUAUUCUUGCUUGGAGAAGGAGCCAGAAGACCGCGCAAAUAUGGACUACAUUGUAGCUGAACUUGAGAAAGCAUUGAAGCUUCAAGUGCGAUAUGAAAAUCUUUUAAACGUAUUUCUUAUGUGUUUUUUGUUUGCUGUUCUUCUGUUUUGUGUUCAUUACUUCUUUAUUCCCAUUGUUUGA